GAACAGUGUGUUCAUUCGUUCGCGCGUACAUUCUGAUUACAGUUUUGUUCUAGUGUGUGCAGUGCGAACACAUUUCAGCAUAGAAGAGCGGCAACUGUUUUGCGACAACUUGUGAAAUCAGUCUGUCAUCUGUUUGAGUUUGGUGAAUACAACACGUGCUUGGUUGUUUGGUUAAACCAAACGAAAGAUUUAACGAGUGAGAAAAAUAAACGUGAAUAUAAACGUUUUCGAAAUGGAUGCAUCAGUUUUGGCGGCAACAUCACCGUCCAAUGAUUUAAGAUGGCCCGUUGUUCGCAUAUCGAGAAAAGAGGUCCGGGAUUAUCAACAACAGCAAAACAUGUCGUCAAAAACCAGAACAACAACCGAUGUGAUCGACUGGAAGAAAGAUGCCGAUAUUCGUGACUCCAAUAAUAUGCAACCAAGGGUGAUUUUGGAUCGUUCGAGCGUACCGCACGGACUGACCGACAGUGCACAACCAUCAACCAGUGGAAUGAAAAAGUCGACGGCUUCAACUUCGAAAACGACAUCGACAUCUAGAGCCAAACCCAAGCUUGCGGUGAAGAAACCAACUAAGGCUGGUCGCCCUCAGUUUGUAAUGAAUUUUCGAACAACACGCAGCAAGAAAAACUAAACAACCACUAUUCAUCGUCGUUCAUCAAAACACAUAACCUCAACGAAACAUUCGAAUAAUGAAAUAAUCAUAGAGAUAAGCAUUGAGUGUCCAUUCACUUAACAAAUUCACAUCCGAAUUUUCAAUUCAGUAUGGAUUAUGUACAUACAGUAUGUGUGACUAUAUUAAUAUGAAUAAAAUAUAAGGGUUAUUAAGGUUUCAUGCAUAA